UUUUUUUUUUGUUUUCUUUUUCCCCAUACCCUUAAUAUUAUUCAACUUAUAUUUAUCUAAUAAUAAAAUGUCUACAACUGCUACCACUACUCAGGUGAAACAGCAGAAUGGAAAAUAUCCUCCUUAUGCUUAUACAAAAACAGAGGAUCGUCAACUUCCAAUGCCUAAUCCUGUUAUGCCUCCUUUGUUUGAUGAACCUACUACACUUCAAAAUUUCUCUAGUCAUGUCAAUUGGUUCCAAUCUAUUCUUUUGAUUUCAACUCCUAUCUUGGCUAUCUAUUUUGCUUUCAAGACUGAAUUACAAACCAAGACAUUAUAUUGGACUAUUAUUUAUUAUUUUAUUACUGCCUUAGGUAUCACAGCUGGUUAUCAUCGUUAUUGGUCCCAUAGAUCUUAUGAUUGCACCAAAUUGAUGCAAGUCUUAUUAUGUUUAGCUGGUUCAGGUGCCUUUGAAGGCUCUAUUCAAUGGUGGUCUCGAGGUCAUCGUGCUCAUCAUCGUUGGACUGAUUCUGAUAAAGAUCCUUAUGCUGCUCCUCGAGGCUUCUUUUAUUCUCAUAUUGGUUGGAUGUUAAUUAACAGACCCAAGAACAGAAUCGGUUAUGCUGAUACCGCUGAUCUUAGAGCUGAUCCUAUCGUUCAAUUCCAACAUAAGAAUUAUAUUUUUUUCGCUUCCUUUAUGGCCUUCAUUUUCCCUUCUUUAGUAGCUGGUUUUGGUUGGGGGGAUUUCAAGGGUGGUCUCAUCUUUUCUGGUCUCUGCCGUCUUGUCUUUGUUCAUCAUGCUACCUUUUGUGUUAAUAGUCUUGCUCAUUAUAUUGGUGAUACUCCCUUUGAUGAUUAUCAUACUCCUAAAGAUUCUUGGAUUACAGCUCUCGUUACCUGUGGUGAAGGCUAUCAUAACUUUCAUCAUGAAUUCCCUCAAGAUUAUCGUAAUGCUAUCCUCUGGCAUCAAUAUGAUCCUACAAAAUGGCUUAUCAAGGCUUUAAGUUUCAUUGGUUUGACUUAUAACUUGAAAACUUUCUCUGCUAAUGAAAUUAAAAAGGGUCAAGUACAAAUGAUGGAGAAGAAGAUUGAUUCGAUAAAGGAAACAUUAUGCUUUGGUAAACCUGUGAAUGAGUUACCUGUUUAUACAUUAGAGGAGUUCUAUGAAUGGGUCAACAUAAAAGAUAAAAAAUGGAUUAUGUUAGAUGGUAUCAUUUAUGACGUUGAAAACUUUGAUCAUCCUGGCGGCGCUAAAUAUCUCAAUGCUGGUAUUGGUAAAGAUAUGACCAAAUCUUUUAAUGGAGGUAUCUAUAACCAUUCAAAUGGUGCUCGUAACUUGCUUUCAAGUAUGCGUAUUGGUGUACUCAAGGAUAGUGUUGCUUUUAUAAAUCAAUAUUCAAGUGCUAAUAUCAUGAAUGAAAAAGCUGCUGAAUAUGAUGACUCCUUAGAACCAGGAAAGAGAAAAGCUCAGUAGAAUAUAUAUAAAGAAGGAGAGAUUAGCCUUUUUUUUCCUUUUCUUUUUCCUUCCUUUUUUAUUUAUUCUUUUAUAUUUUUUAUUUAUCCAGAAUGUAAUGAUGUUUCUCCUCUUCCUUUACUUUAUACUUUAGUCAAUAUAUUUUCUAUAUACAUACUUUAUCACACUUCGUUCGUUCGUUCUUAAGAACAUUUUGUAUCAUACCCUCUCCUUUAUUUUAUUUUAUUUUUAAUAAAUAAAUCUUGAACAGUACAAUUAAAA